AUGAAGAACCUUUCCUCUGAUACAGUCAUCAAAUUGAAUAUUGGAGGUGUCCCGCAUUAUACCUAUUUUGAUACUCUCAAACGAUCAUCUUAUUUUAUCAAUCUUCUCAACGGCGAAAUGGAGCAAAAAACCCUUGUUAACGGGGACGAGAUCUUUAUUGAUCGUAGUGGUCAACUCUUUGGACACAUUCUUGAAUUUCUUAGAACAGGCAGCUUAGGUUCUGUAGAAGACGAUAUCAAGAUGUUGUGUAAGAUAAGAGAAGAAGCAGAGUAUUAUCAGUUAAAUGAAUUAGUCGAGACAAUUGAUGGUUUAACAGAGGGUAUCUCUGUCAUCGAACAUACUAUGCCAGUGGGUUCAAAGGGUCAACAAGAAAAUAUGGCCAGAGUGUUUAUGGACGCUAUUGGAGAACAGGCCACGCUGAAAUUAGCUUUUGCUACACAGAUGAGGGUUGAUCUAUACAAUACAGUGAUUGAGUGUAACGGACGUAUCAAGGGUGUACAAAGAAUAGAAGGUCUCCAUAAACAGAUAGGACUAGGCAGUCAGAUACAAUGGCCACUUUUACUAAGACAGCUUGCAGCGUCCAUGCCAUUUGCAUCACUUUAUAUCAUUGAGGCUAUGAGAAAUAAAGGAUUAGAUGUCAACAUUUUAAAAAAGGACACGACCUCCUCAUUACCAGUUGAACUUCAAACAACAGAGGCAGCAUCACUUCCUUUGGGAGCAAGAACAAGAAAGGCUCAUUUGACAUUUGCAGAGAAGAGAUGUAGAGGAUAUUUUGAUAUAGAAUACUACAGACAACAGAUGGCAAUGGCCUUCAAAUUCCAAAACAAUAUGCAUAUUAAAAAUAUUUUGGCUCAAAUAGAAAGAACAAUCGUCUUGAACGAUCAAGAAAAGCAAGCUACACUCAAUCCUUUUAUACCUGAACUUAGUCAAUCUACCAUUGACAUGUUACCCGAUUUUCUUCACAACAUGAUUCGCACUAAUAACAAUAUUGAUACUAAUAAUAGUAAUAAUAAUAUGAUGGAAGAUCAUCUUUGUAUUUUUAAAUAA